AAUCAAAUCCCUGCGGGCCUCGAAUAUACUGGCAAAUUAAACCAAUUCAUCAAAUGGACUAAGGAUACACACGAUGUAUUCAUUGAGUGGUGGAAGCUAUCACGAUGGUAUGAACAACACUCAGAUCAUACUACAAAACUCCUUACGAAGAUUGCAUGGGAUUCAACCAACCGGAGUUCUCAAUACUGGAGAAUUUAUCACCAAGGAGCAGACCGGCUUUCUGGAGAACCAUGUGUCAUUUGUACCUAUUGUUCGAAGGCCCUUACGCAUCCUGCAAUCAAGUCUGCUGGCCCAAAGUCUAUGGCAACACAUCUUGCAUCAGACAUUUGCAAAAAGAAGUCACGGAUGGGUAAGGAUAGUCUCUAUCAAAUGCGAAUCAAUCAGAUGCGACCUCAACAGGAUCAUAUUCUCACACAAGAGGCAUUUUACGAACAAGUUCUAUACACAGUUAUCUCAACUCAUAGCUCGUUCCGCUCAGUCGAGGAUCCUGAAUGGAAAAGGCUUGCUAUCUUACAGAAUCCUCACUAUCCACUACCCUCAGCAACAACUAUUCGAAACCUCUUAACAACAAAGCUCACACAAAUCGAAGAAGAGAUGCUACAAGAUGUUGUUCCUGGUUCAAAGAUUGCAUUAUCGCUCGACUGUUGGUCAAGUGUUACUCGACUUCAUUUAUGGGUGUUAUUGCAUCAUUUAUCGACCGUCAUUGGAAAAUGCAAGAGGUCUUGAUUGGGUUUGAACCUAUAUAUACAGAUCAUACUGGUGCUGAGUUAUGUGGAAUACUUGAAAAAGUUAUCACAAGGCAGCAUUUAGAAGGACGAAUUAUAUCCAUUACGACUGAUAAUGCGUCAAACAACACUUCAAUGAUGAGAGAUGUGGAAAUAAUGCUUGAUAGUAUUGCAGACAACGAGCAUUUCAUUGGAGGAAAAGUACAACACAUACCCUGCCUAGCUCACGUUAUUCAACUUGCCCUUAGUGCUCUCCUUGGUCGAAUCCGGAUUACGCCAACAAAUCAAGAGAUCUUAAUGAACUGGGAAGAAGAGAAUCAGAUGGAGGGCCUUGCAAAGUUGCAGAAGGACAAGGGUAUUGGAUUUACACUUGGAAAGGUAUAUAUUCUCUUGUUAGUUCUGGUAAACUUCUGGUAGUCUUUUCUAAUAUCUCAUAGCUCCGGAAGCUCACUAUCUUUGUUAAUUCAAGUCAAACUCGAAGGAACAGGUUUAUGACUUUGCAAAAGGCAAACAUGAACCGGGGUCAAUCAUCUCAGAGGCUUCUUCGACUUAUUCAAGAUGUAUCAACUCGAUGGGAUUCGACAUGCCAUAUGCUUCUGCGAGCACAGCAACUCAAGUCAACAAUCAAUCAAUAUACUCGAGGC